AUGGAUUACAAACUGAGUUUUUUGGAUCGAGGAGAGAAAUGGAACGAUGCCUCGCAUGUUACGGAUGUGGUGCAACAAAUCUGUAAAUUCCCAAAUCUUCAAGUACUGGAACUUCGUGGAAAUACCUUGGGAGUUGAAGCCGGAGAGGCUAUCGCCGAAGCGUUAAAGCGACAUCCCGAGUUGAAAUAUUGUUUAUGGGGAGAUCUUUUCACAACCCGGUUACGCGAUGAAAUUCCAAGAACCGUCAAAUCUUUGUGUGCUGCCAUGAUCUACGCAAAUGCUUCAAUCACGGAGCUCGAUUUGUCGGAUAAUGCAUUUGGACCGAUUGGAGCGGAAAGCAUCAAGGACUUUUUGGAAUCCCGUUCUGCUUACUCUCUGAAGGUACUCAAACUGAAUAAUUGUGGAUUGGGAUCUGGUGGACAAACGGUUGCCGCUUCUCUCAUUAAAUGUCACCAACUAGCUGCCAAAUCCGGAAGAAAGUUUGAGUUGAAAACAUUUUCUGCUUGUCGAAAUCGUCUCGAAAAUCCAGGGGCCAAAGCACUUGCAGAAGCUUUCAAUGUUAUUGGAACGCUGGAAAGAAUUAUUCUUUAUCAAAACGGAAUCAAUGCUCCAGGAAUAAUUGCGCUUGCCGAAUCUUUCAGGAGGAAUCCUGAGUUGCGUGAAAUCGACCUAUCAGACAAUACGGCAACUGAAAAGGCCGAUUGUUUAUGCAGAGAUGCUGGUUGUCAUGCUAUCGUGGAAGCGUUGAAUCCGGAAAUUCACACUGACUUGAAUGUUGUCAAUUUAAGCGGGGCUGAGCUAACACCAGAAGCGGCGGUUUCAAUUGCACCGAAGAUGGAGAAAUUCGACGAUGUCUCACUUAAAAUAGGAUGCAAUAAUUUUGGUCAUCAAUUUGAAAAACUACGUGGUGAGAUGCCUUCGUUCGUGGACUGUGGUGAAUCAGAAGAUGAUUGUGGAACUCUUGAUAGCGACGAAGAAUAUCGAAGUGAACCUGAUGAAGAUGAGACAAACGAUUCGUUAAUGGCUGGGACUUCGAAUACGCCAGCAACAGCAAUUGUGCAAGGAUUGGAUGACGUUUUCAAACAAAUGGAUGUGCGAGAUGUCAAGCCAUCAAACGAACCGAUUUCGGCUAAUACAACGCUCAGCUUUCUGGGGGGAGGAGCAAAAUGGAAUAAUACGUCGGAUGUCUCAAACGUGGUGCAACAAAUCUUACAAGUUCGAAAUCUCCAAACACUGGAACUUCGUGGAAAUACCUUGGGAGUUGAAGCCGGAGAGGCCAUCGCCGAAGCGUUAAAGCGACAUCCCGAGUUGAAAUAUUGUUUAUGGGGAGAUCUUUUCACAACCCGUUUACGCGAUGAAAUUCCAAGAACCGUCAAAUCUUUGUGUGCUGCCAUGAUCUACGCAAAUGCUUCAAUCACGGAGCUCGAUUUGUCGGAUAAUGCAUUUGGACCGAUUGGAGCGGAAAGCAUCAAGGACUUUUUGGAAUCCCGUUCUGCCUGCUCUCUGAAGGUACUCAAACUGAAUAAUUGUGGAUUGGGAUCUGGUGGGCAAACGGUUGCGGCUUCUCUCAUUAAAUGUCACCAACUAGCUACCAAAUCCGGAAGAAAGUUUGAGUUGAAAACAUUUUCUGCUUGUCGAAAUCGUCUCGAAAAUCCAGGGGCCAAAGCACUUGCAGAAGCUUUCAAGGUUAUUGGAACACUCGAAGAGGUCAUUCUUUAUCAAAAUGGAAUCAACCCUCCGGGAAUAAUUAUGCUUGCUGAAUCUUUUCAAAUGAAUCCAGAGUUGCGUGAGAUUGACCUAUCAGACAAUACGGCAACUGAAAAGGCCGACUGUUUAUGCAGAGAUGCUGGUUGUCAUGCUAUCGUGGAUGCAUUGAAUCCGGAAAUUCACAUCAAUUUGAAUGUUGUCAAUUUAAGUGGUGCCGAGUUAACACCAGAAGCGGCGGUCUUAAUUGUGCCGAAAAUGGAGAAAUUCGACGAUGUUUCACUUAAGAUUGGAUGCAAUAAUUUUGGCCAUAAAUUUAACGCUUUACGUGAUUGGAUGCCUCCAUUUGUUGACUGUGGCGACGCAGAAGACGAUUGUGGUACUCUUGACGACGACGAAGAACUGCAAAGUGAUUUUGACGAUGAGGAGGGCGAUGAAGAAGAAACCGAAUCAUCGAUGAGUGAAAAUGAGAAUAAAACGUUUGACGAAAGUUUCAAACAGCUGACCGUUGAUGAAAAAGCUGGCACAUCCCUCAGUUUUCUUGGUGGUGGAGCGAAAUGGGACAAGGCAUCUGAUGUCUCAAACGUGGUGCAACAAAUCUGUAAAUUCCCAAAUCUUCAAGUACUGGAACUUCGUGGAAAUACCUUGGGAGUUGAAGCCGGAGAGGCUAUCGCCGAAGCGUUAAAGCGACAUCCCGAGUUGAAAUAUUGUUUAUGGGGAGAUCUUUUCACAACCCGGUUACGCGAUGAAAUUCCAAGAACCGUCAAAUCUUUGUGUGCUGCCAUGAUCUACGCAAAUGCUUCAAUCACGGAGCUCGAUUUGUCGGAUAAUGCAUUUGGACCGAUUGGAGCGGAAAGCAUCAAGGACUUUUUGGAAUCCCGUUCUGCUUACUCUCUGAAGGUACUCAAACUGAAUAAUUGUGGAUUGGGAUCUGGUGGACAAACGGUUGCCGCUUCUCUCAUUAAAUGUCACCAACUAGCUGCCAAAUCCGGAAGAAAGUUUGAGUUGGAAACAUUUUCUGCUUGUCGAAAUCGUCUCGAAAAUCCAGGGGCCAAAGCACUUGCAGAAGCUUUCAAGGUCAUUACAACACUUGAAGAAAUUGUUCUUUAUCAAAAUGGAAUAAACGCCCCGGGGAUCAUCGCGCUAGCAGGAUCUUUUCAGAUGAACCCUGAGUUGCGUGAAAUCGACCUAUCAGACAAUACGGCAACUGAAAAGGCCGAUUGUUUAUGCAGAGAUGCUGGUUGUCAUGCUAUCGUGGAUGCGUUGAAUCCAGAAAUUCACACUGACUUGAAUGUUGUCAAUUUAAGCGGGGCUGAGCUAACACCAGAAGCGGCGGUUUCAAUUGCACCGAAGAUGGAGAAAUUCGACGAUGUCUCACUUAAGAUAGGAUGCAAUAAUUUUGGUCAUCAAUUUGAAAAACUACGUGGUGAGAUGCCUUCGUUCGUGGACUGUGGUGAAUCAGAAGAUGAUUGUGGAACUCUUGAUAGCGACGAAGAAUACCGAAGUGAACCUGAUGAAGAUGAGACAAACGAUUCGUUAAUGGCUGGGACUUCGAAUACACCAGCAACAGCCAUUGUGCAAGGAUUGGAUGACGUUUUCAAACAAAUGAAUGUGCGAGAUGUCAAGCCAUCAAACGAACCGACUUCGGCUAAUACAACGCUCAGUUUUCUGGGGGGAGGAGCAAAAUGGAAUAAUGCGUCGGAUGUUCUAAGCGUGGUGCAACAAAUUACUCAAUUUCCGAAUCUUCAAGUACUGGAACUUCGUGGAAAUACCUUGGGAGUUGAAGCCGGAGAAGCUAUCGCCGAAGCGUUAAAGCGACAUCCCGAGUUGAAAUAUUGUUUAUGGGGAGAUCUUUUCACAACCCGGUUACGCGAUGAAAUUCCAAGAACCGUCAAAUCUUUGUGUGCUGCCAUGAUCUACGCAAAUGCUUCAAUCACGGAGCUCGAUUUGUCGGAUAAUGCAUUCGGACCGAUUGGAGCGGAAAGCAUCAAGGACUUUUUGGAAUCCCGUUCUGCUUACUCUCUGAAGGUACUCAAACUGAAUAAUUGUGGAUUGGGAUCUGGUGGACAAACGGUUGCCGCUUCUCUCAUUAAAUGUCACCAACUAGCUGCCAAAUCAGGAAGAAAGUUUGAGUUGGAAACAUUUUCUGCUUGUCGAAAUCGUCUCGAAAAUCCAGGGGCCAAAGCACUUGCAGAAGCUUUCAAUAUUAUCGGAUCGCUUGAAAGAAUUAUUCUUUAUCAAAACGGAAUCAAUGCCCCAGGAAUAAUUGCGCUCGCCGAAUCUUUCAGGAGCAAUCCUGAGUUACGUGAAAUCGACCUAUCAGACAAUACGGCAACUGAAAAGGCCGAUUGUUUAUGCAGAGAUGCUGGUUGUCAUGCUAUCGUGGAAGCAUUGAAUCCGGAAAUUCACAUCAAUUUGAACGUUGUCAAUUUAAGUGGUGCCGAGUUAACACCAGAAGCGGCGGUCUUAAUUGUGCCGGAAAUGGAGAAAUUCGACGAUGUUUCACUUAAGAUUGGAUGCAAUAAUUUUGGCCAUAAAUUUAACGCUUUGCGUGAUUGGAUGCCUCCAUUUGUUGACUGUGGCGAAUCAGAGGAUGAUUGUGGAACUCUUGAUGACGAUGAAGAACGAAAAAGUGACUCCGAUGAGGAAGAA